UUAUUCAUCUGUGAUAUAUGCGUAAUAUCAAAAUUUAAUUUUGAUAAUCGACACUUGUUGAGAAUUUUCUUGAAGGAAUUGAUUUUAUAUACUCUGGUUUUUUUUAGUCCUAAUUUUGCGUAGUAUGGGAUUUUUGACAUCAGUGUUUCAUAUCUGAUUUGGGUUGGAAUUUUAUUACUUUUGGCAUACGGUUGGGCUAUUCUUGUUUGGCGUUUAAUAUCUGAUUCUCUCUCUCUCUCUGUCUCUCUCUCUCUCUCUUUCUUUAUAGAAGAUUAGAACUUUCUGAACUUUUGGAUAACUAGCUAUUUACCAUACAUUUCUUACCUUGUGAACUUGAAUGUUUUAUACCAUGGCUUCUUCCGAGUCUCUAAUGUUAGCAUCUGGUUCUGCGUCACUUCUUGUUGAUAAAAGAUGAAACUGAUACUGGUUUUGUGAUCCCCUUGUUUUCCCACAUUAAUACCAAUCGAUGCUGCUAAUAUCUAAUGAUUUCAUGACAGAGGACUAUUGAUAUGAAUCAUUUUCUUGGUGAAAUGCUCCUUAUGAGCUAGUAUGAGUGGAUCAUGUGACAAUGUUGAGAGAAGUUCUAGCUCGACAUCCAAAAGUAGCCAACAAGAUACAGAUGAUGACAAAACUAUAGCUAGCAUAUUACAAGAGCAGUACUUGGAAGUGGACGGUAGGCUUGGGAAGCGACUUUCUCACUUGAAUUCUAUCCCACACACUCCUCGGAUUAAUGGGGAGAUACCUGAUGUCGACAAUGCAACCUUAGAUCACGAAAGGCUCUUAGAAAGAUUGGUGACAUAUGGUUUGGCUGAACUGCAAAUAGAGGGAGAUGGAAACUGCCAGUUUCGAGCAUUGGCGGAUCAAUUAUUUCGUAAUCCAGACUACCACAAGCAUGUAAGGAAGGAGAUAGUGAGGCAGCUCAAACGUUUCCAGAAAUAUUAUGAAGGUUAUGUUCCGAUGAAGUACAAAAGUUACCUAAAGAAAAUGAAAAGAUCAGGGGAGUGGGGAGAUCAUGUUACUCUGCAGGCAGCUGCUGACCGGUUUGGAGCCAAAAUUUGUCUGCUCACAUCUUUUAGGGAUUCUUGCUUCAUCGAAAUUAUGCCAAAGGACCAAGAUCCUUCCAAAGAACUUUGGCUGAGUUUUUGGUGUGAAGUACAUUACAACUCCUUAUAUGGAACUGGAGAGGUUCCAAGUCGAGUCCCCAAAAAGAAGCAUUGGUUAUUUUAGAGGAACCUCCAGUUGUAGAGAUCUGAGAUUUGACUCGGUGAAUGCUUCUCACUUCCGCCUUGUAAAUAAUCAAUUCCAGUAGCUUCCAUUUUGAUGGUGCUCUCUAACUCAGUAUCACAUCGAAAUCGUACUUGUGUGAUGUUUAAUAUGUGAAUCGUGCAGUUCUAUCCAUGUAUCUAUGCUAUUCCUUUUCAUUAAGUAAGUCCUUUUUUUUUUCACAUUCUCUGGUUGGUGCUUUGAGAUUAAUCACAUUUAUUUUUAAUAGCCAAGCCACCGCAUCCCCUUAUUUC